AUGCAUUUAGAAAUUGCUGUAAAUUUUAAUCCAAAAAUAGCUCAAUGAAGAUGAUGAAUACAUAAGAUUAUAGAAAUUAUCAUUAGGGAUAAAAGAAAUCACAUAGAGUUUACCAAAUUAAAAAUAAUUUAAAGACAUUUCCUCAUUGAAGUUAUGUAAGUAUAUAAUAAAGUAUUGAAAGUAUUGUGUGCUUAUCCAUUUUAGUAGCAUAGUGUAGAAUUACUUAUAUCAAUAUUAUUUGAUAGAUUUAAGGAUGGUUAAUUUAUUUCCGCAUUCCACUAAGCUUGUUUAGAAGUUGCUUCAUUAUAAGAAUAAAGAACAUUAUUAAGUUAAAGAUCAUUAUCUCUUAAAUCAUCUCGUCUGACAAAUAUGUAAUUUAAUAAUCUAUUUCAGGUAAAAUACAUCAUUUGAUUCAAGAAAGAGUUCAUAAAAUAGUACAUUUGCAAAAUCAGUAAUAGAAAAAUUGCUGAUUACCAAAAAGUUUAGUACUCGAUAUUUAAAAUAAUUAUUUUUAUUGGCUAAUGAUUUAGAUAUGGAUCUAGAAAAAAUGGCAAGAAUAUUUAAAAUAUUUAUAAUAAAUACAAAAGAUUAAGAAUUUAGAUUGAAAAUUAUAUCCAUUUUCGAUGAAUGUAAAAAUGAUAUAUUUGGAAAUCGAUAAUGGGUAGCAACAUAUUAUGAAGAAAUAGAUUAAUGUAAUUAAUAUAAAUUACUUAAUUAGUUUUUUUAUCUAAUCAUGUACACAGUCCAAGUAAAAUACCAGAUGUUAUUCCAGAUAAAAAUACUAAAAUAAAUUUUCAAUUAAUAGAUGAUCAUCUCAAUUAUGAUAGUGAUGAUAGUGUAGAAGAAUGUAUUGAUAAUUAAAUUUAAAAAUGGCUUUGUGAAACUAAUACUUAUGAUGUUUUAGAAAGAGAAGAUAUUUUCAAUAAACCAGAAAAUUUUGAUGAAAUUUUAAAAUAUAUUACUUAACCUGAAAAUGUUGAUGUUCAUAAAAUAUGGGUAUUAUAUUCAAUCCAAUCUUAGGCUUAAUAUUCAGAAAUUAAUAUGUAAAAUGAUGAUCCCACUUAUUAUAAAUUAAUUGGAAAAUCUUUAAAAUAAGAAGAAACUAUUAGAUCUUAUAAAGCUCUUUAAGUUUUAAUUAAAGAAGAUAAUUUUUAAUUUUUUGAUGAAUUUGUUAAAUAAAAUGUCAUAUAGAUCUGUAUAUUUAUAAUUUAAGCUAUGUAGUUAAUGGAAUUUAUGACUUUAUUAAUGAUUAAAAUCAUAAUGCCAAUUUAAAUCAUAUUGCAAAACUUAUUGAAAUUACAUUAAUGAGAUAACCAAAGUUAAGUGUAGUUUAAAUAGUUGACUUAAAUCUUUAUUUUUCAUUAAGUCUUUAUAUCUACAAUUCUAUGAUAUAACAAAUUUUAGAAAGUAUAAAUCUUAUAUAUAUAUCUAGAUAUUAUAAAUAUUAAAAUUGAUUAUUAUUAAUUAGGUUAUUUCUUUUAGGAAUAACUAUGGAAAUAUUUAUGCAAAACUGAAUGGUUUAGAUUUGUCAUUUUAUUAGUGUUCAAAGAAGGUGUAAAUAUGAAAAUUACAGAAAAAGAAACCAAAACUGAAGCUACCAUAAGUAUUUUAUCUAUACUUAAGACCCUUUCAUAAUAUGAUUAAAAAUAAAUUAAUUCUUUAUCAAUAAAUGCUGAUGAAAAAGAAUUAGUAACUAAUUAUUUGGGAGUGCUUUAACCAGGUAAAAGUAUUGAAUAAUAUUUCACUACAAAUUAAUUUAAUUGGUAAUUAAACUAGGAUGUCAAAGAAUAUAUCUCAGCUAGUGAAUUUGAAAAUAGAGAUUUAGAUAAUUUAAAACAUUUUACAUAAGAAAGAAAAAACAACACAUUAUUUAAAUAAUAUUUUUAAGAAUUAAAAAAUUCAAAAAUGAAAAAAACAACUAAUACAAUUGUUGAUUCUAUGUAAUUUGAAAUAGAUUUAAAUGAAUAAAUUAUAUUAACAAAAUCUAUAGAAUCUCCAGCAACAAAUAAAAGUACAAGAACAAAAAAUAAUAUUAUCAUAAGUACAAGAAAAAGCAUAUCCAAAGGAACGUCUAAGUUAACUUAAUCUAAUUCGUUAUAAUCAUCUCCAACUUAGCUUAUUGACUCUCCUUAUUUAGAAUCAUAUGCUAAAACAUAAGUCUAAGAUUCCAUAGAAGAAAGUUAUUCAACAAGUUUUAAACGAUAAUAAUAAAAAUCUCUAUUUUUAUAUCACUAAUCCAAAUUUAGACAUAGAACAGAAGGAAAUUUUACAAAUGAUGGGUUUUCAAGUUCAAGAUUAAGAACAAUAUAUCCAAGUUAUAAAACUUCUAUUAAGAACACAUAAUAUGAAAUUUAACUUGAAUAGUUCAAUAUAGAUUAUAAAUAUUAUUAAAAAGGUAUAAGAUUAUUACAUGAGACAACUAAAUCAAUUAUUGAAUAUUUAAAAUAAAAUAACGAUAAAGUUAAAUCUGCAUUAAGUAAAUUGGAUAUAUCUAGUAUUUCUAGAUGUUUUUUAAAUUGUAAAUUAUUUGAUAGAUAUUUCUAAAUAUAUAUGCUGAAUAUAUUGGAUAAUUAGCCAUAUGAUUAAAAUUUAUCAGAUGAAUGUGGUAUAUUCAUUAAUUAUAUUUUUGAUAAUGUAAUUGAAAUAAAAUCCUUAAUUGAUAGUUCUGUGGAUUUAUGCAACAGCUUUUUAAAUGUUCUUGAAUAUCUAUGUAAAAUAGUAUUUGAAAUGCAUAAAAAUCCAAAUUUUCUUAUUUCUACAAAGCAUAAAUUUAAGAAAACAUUAUUAAUGACCACUUUAAAUAAAGGUUUUUAAUUAGUUUAAUAAACAUAUCAAGAUCAAAUAGAAAAAUUAAUCAAUAAAUAUUUAAAUGAAAGUGUUUUACAUAUUUUGGUGAUUUGGUUUUUCGAUAGUGAUUCAAACAAUUCAUAUUAAAGAAAUUUUUUUAUGUAAUAAUUCAAUUAAUUUUUAGGUUUUUAAAGUUAUUACUUGAUAAAGCCCAUUCUGCAUUGAUAUCAACACUUUUUUUUAAAAUAGGAUUUAUUUCAUCAUUAUAAAAUGCAUACUCUAGAUUUUAUGUUAACGGUAUCAAAAAUGAUUCAAAUUAUGAAAAUCUCUCCUACUAUAUUCAAAUUAUUAUUUAAUUAAUUUAAAAUGUAAAGAAUUUAUUUAAAUUAAGGUUAUUCGUUAGAGAUAAUUAAUUUAAAUUGAAAAAAAUUUAGAAACAAUGUAAUCAUGGCACAUAAUUACUGGAAAUAAAUAUUUAGAAUCAUAUAAAUCAAUAUCAAAUACUAAUAUAGUUUAAGAAAGUAUGUCAAAUUUAGAAAAAUAAACAUCAAAUAACAAAAAAUUUGCAAGUUUCCAUAAAAUAGAAGAGAGAGAAAAAAAAGAAAGGAAAGUUGGUGAAAUUUUAAUUUAGAAAGAAAAAUAAUUUUUAUCAAGAAAAUCAUUAUUACUUUCCCCAAGAUUAUAACCAUUAAGUCCAGCUAUGGCAAAUAAAUUUAAUUAAUAAAAUUUAAAAUCUUGA